AUGUCAUUUAAAAUAGGUCAAUCGGUUAUUGUCAAGAAUGAUAUAGGUAGUAUAAAGUACAUUGGUUUAACAAAAUUUGCUCCUGGUGUGUGGUAUGGGAUUGAAUUGUUACAACCAAAAGGUAAAAACAAUGGCAGUGUACAAGGUGUGAAAUAUUUUGACUGUAAGGAAGAUGAUAAUGGGUUUUACGGAAUAUUUGUGAAAGAAAGUAUGUUAAAUGCCUUGGAAGAUAAUAAGAAUAAUGAUUUGGAGGAUGUUGCACAAUACAAUAAAACUAUUGAAAAUUUGAAACUAAAGUUGAAGGCAUUAACUGAUGAAUCUAUAAGACAUCGUGAGAAAGUAGCUGCAAUACAAUUAGAGUUGCAAACUAAAAUAGAGAUAAUGAAAAGCAUGGAAUCCAAAUUGGAAAUGCAAACUGUGGAAAACGAGUAUUUAAAACUGAUUAAAUUGGACCUAGAAGAAAAACUACAUAAACUAUCUUUUGAACAUCAAGAAUUAAAAAAUGAAUUUGAAUUAAUCCAAGAAGAAUUGGAGAUCAAUCGUGAGAUUGAAAGAGAGAUGGAGCUGUUGGACUCUGAUCACUAUUCGCCUGGUGAUGUGAGAAUGAUUUUUGAGAAGAAUAGGCGUUUAGAAGAUACUUUGGCAUUGUUAACUCGAAACUCAAAGGAAACUGAAAACAAAUUAAAACAAGAAUUAGAGCAUUUGCAAUGUGAACAGCUCAAUAUGAAUGAGUUACAAAAGAAAUUAGACCAAGCUGAGUCUGUGGUUAGGAUGUUGCAAGAACGUAUAGAAACCACUGAGGAUAUGGAUAAAAUGAUGGAACGCCUAACUGUGGAAAAUGAGGACUUGACGAACAAAAUACAUACCUUGAUGAUGACUAUAGAUGAGUUGAACGAGAUACAUGAAUUGGACAAGAAGCUUGAAGAGGAUCAAAAGCAGGUAGAAUUUGAUCUCCGGCAAGAAAUCGACAAUCUUCAGCAAAUUAUUCAUCAGGACAAGUUGAAGAUUAGGGAGUUAGAAAGAAAUAAGCUUGCCCAAUUGUCACAGGCCAACGAGUCCUUGGAUUCACUUUCUAGAAGCGAUCAGGAAUCAGAAUUGCAGGUAUUGAGACAAACUAUUGCCGAUUUAAGGUUAAGGUCUAGGUCUGAUUCGGUUCAGUUGAAAUUAGUUAAAUCAAGGUAUGAAAUUUUACAGCAGAGAAUCGCUUAUUCACAAGCAAGCAUGGUGUUUCCUGAGUUGAUUGAUUUGAUUUUCAUGAUAAAGUUGGCGUGUCUGGACAUUGUUGUUGUAAUGGAAUCUAUUUCUUCAAAAUCAUUGCAUCAAAUAUUUGCCAUUACUUUUUUGUCGCUAAUAGCGAAUUUUUUAAAACUGUUGACGAAAUUGCUUGAAUUUAAUUAUUCAACUGAUUCAACGACCAAAUUGUUACCUGAAAUGACUAGCAAAGUUAAAGAGUGUAAUUUAUGUUUAGAUGAUGUGAUUGAUGUUUUUUUGAGUGAUGAUUUGAGGAUUAACAUACCUAAUAAGUUGUACCAACUGGUCCAAAAAUUACAGGAUAUUAUAUUGGAUGUUGCUGUGACUUUAAAUCUCAGUUUUUCUUCUCCCAAACUUGUUUAUGAAUGCAAAGAAUGCUUGAAGUUUGUUGCUUAUUGCUCAGAACUUGAAACUUCAUUUUUCUUUGAUGUGUGGAAGCACUUGCGUUUUCAUACUAGCAAUGCUGAUCCCGCUUUAACCGCACUUAUCAAAGUGGGUGACGACAAUUUGGCGAGAAUUAAAGGAAUAGUAGAGGCAUUGAAGGAAACUAGCGAUGUGGAAGAGAAACACGAUGUUACAUUUUCAUCAGGUAUACUUGAUUUUGAGGCAAUAGUUAGUCAAAUUGGUAUCCUUUUGAAGCUAUAUGAUAUUGUGAAAUCAGAUGGCCUAGAAAUUAAUGUUGAUUUGUUGAACAAAAUAAUUGAGUUAAUGCAAACUGUUGAAUCGCAAUAUAAGGUUGACAUUAAAGUUCAUUCUUUCCAAGUAACUGUGGCAUCUAUAUAUGAGUACAAAUUUGAGUCAACAUAUCAACAGUCAAGUACAAGUGAUAGUGGUUUACAUAACAAGCUAGCCCUACGAGAGCGUGAAGUUACUGAUUUGAAACUAAAUAUAGCACUAUUGGAACAAAACAUGCUGUCUUUGGCUUCGCAGAACACACAAUACAUCACUGAAUUAACUCAAGAAUUGCAAUCUUUGAAACAAGAGGAAGAGGGUAGUUUAAAAACCAUUUCUCAGUUGGAGCAGGACAAAAAGGAUUUGGUUAGUGAGUUAAAUGCAGUGAACCGAAAUAUCAUGAGUACAACACAGUUUGCCAACUUGAAGUCUCAACUAGACUACAAUAAUUCAUUGACUACUAUGGAAAAAAUUGUUCAUUUGAAACGACUUACUAGAACAAUCGAUAUGGAGAUAGUAGAUGAAUUUGCUUGGUUGCAAACGCAAUCUAAGCGACAAUUCUGGACGGAAGCCAGUUCUGUUCACAACUUGUCCAAGAGUUUGCAAGCAUUGGCUUUGAAUGCAAAACCUGUAUCAAUCAACAAUGAUAAUAGUAAUAAAUGGACUAAAAAGAAGGAUCUGCUGAAAUUUGCAGCUCUUGUCCUUGAAGAGAAUUACAACAAAUACAAAACUACUAGAACUAAUUUACUUUGUUUGGAAAAAUAA